AGCAGUUAAAUGCGUGUUUAGCUGCUAGCAUUCAAAAUCUGGUGUGCUAUGUCAACGAAUUAGAUAUGAAUAUUAUUUCAGGCUUGGGAGCGGAUACAUUAUCCUAUAAGAACUGAUUCCGGUGCAGUGGGAAGGUUUGAACUGUUCACUGGAAAGUAACCAUUGUUGUAACGAUAAUCAGGUCGAAGCUGUUGUCAUUUCCAUUUGCUGAGUUUCUUAAGUUUUUUUUUAACGAGUUUAUAUUGGAAAAACGCGGCACGCUUUUAGUGUCAUGAAAGAAAUGUCAAGCACCACGCCUGGUGGGCAGCAGCCUCAAAAACACUAUGGAAUCACCUCUGCCAUUAGCCUUGCACCCCCACGAGAAAUAGACCACCAGUACACCAAGAAACUCUGCGAUGCUAUGAAACCUUUUGGGGUAUUUGAAGACGAAGAGGAGCUGAACCACAGACUUGCAGUUCUUGGGAAGCUGAAUAAUUUGGUUAAAGAAUGGAUUGCAGAGAUCAGUGAAUUAAAGAACCUUCCACCUUCAGCUGCUAGCUGUGUUGGGGGCAAGAUAUUUACAUUUGGUUCAUAUCGUCUUGGAGUGCACACAAAAGGAGCUGAUAUUGAUGCUUUAUGUGUGGCCCCACGGCAUGUAGAGAGAAGUGACUUUUUCCAGUCAUUCUUUGAGAAAUUGAAACAGCAUGAAGAGAUCAAAGACCUGAGGGCUGUCGAGGAUGCUUUUGUACCUGUGAUAAAAUUCAAAUUUGAUGGAAUAGAGAUUGACCUGCUUUUUGCCAGACUGGCCUUACAGUCCAUUCCAGACAACCUGGACCUAAGGGGAGACUCCAUCCUGAGAAACUUGGACAUUCGGUGUAUCCGCAGCCUUAAUGGCUGUCGAGUGACUGAUGAAAUUUUGUAUCUGGUGCCAAACAAAGAAAACUUCAGGCUUACAUUGAGAGCCAUCAAACUGUGGGCAAAACGUCGAGGGAUAUACUCCAACAUGUUGGGCUUUCUGGGUGGAGUAUCGUGGGCCAUGCUGGUGGCCAGGACCUGCCAGCUCUACCCUAAUGCUGUGGCUGCCACGCUUGUCCACAAGUUCUUUUUGGUUUUCUCUAAAUGGGAGUGGCCAAACCCUGUGCUAUUGAAACAGCCUGAGGACAGUAAUCUGAAUUUACCUGUGUGGGAUCCCAGAGUGAACCCAUCUGACAGAUACCACCUGAUGCCCAUCAUCACACCUGCCUAUCCCCAGCAGAACUCCACAUACAACGUAUCCACAUCUACGCGCACCAUCAUGAGCGAGGAGUUCAAAUAUGGGCUGAGCAUCACAGAUGAGAUUCUUCAGGGAAAAGCAGAAUGGUCAAAACUCUUUGAGCCACCCAACUUCUUCCAAAAGUACAAGCAUUACAUUGUUCUGACUGCCAGUGCAUCCACAGAAGAAAAUCACUUAGAAUGGAUUGGCCUGGUAGAGUCAAAGAUCCGUGUUCUCGUGGGAAACCUGGAGAGAAAUGAGUACAUCACCUUGGCUCACGUCAACCCUCAGUCCUUCCCUGGGUCCAAAGAGAAUCGCAACGAAAAUGACUUUGUGUCCAUGUGGUUCAUUGGGAUCAUCUUCAAAAAAGUGGAGAAUGCAGAAAGUGUGAAUAUUGACUUGACGUACGACAUCCAGUCCUUCACUGAUACUGUGUACAGACAAGCCAACAACAUCAGUAUGCUGAAGGAAGGGAUGAAGAUUGAAGCAACACAUGUGAAGAAGAAACAGCUCCACCAAUAUCUUCCUCCUGAGCUGGUGCAGAAGAAGAAGAGGAGUAUAGCCGAGUUAAACCGCAGCUCUAAUGGUGGGAGUGCUAAGCGGCUGUCUUUGGACAGUAUUCACCUGGACAGCUCUAGAGACACAGACUUAGGGACUCCCUUUAGUUCCCCUCCCAGCAAAAUCGCUAAACCUUCAUCUGACACAGAGGACAGUGUCAGCCCUCCCAAGCAGUUUUCCCUGGAAGGCUCCCCAGUGGCCAGUGCUGCAGCUGCUGCUAAAGACCAGGGCAUGUUUAUUCCUGUCAUUGGCUCAAAGCCUCCAGUUAAAGCAAAGCCUCCUUCCCCACCGGCCAGCAGCUCCACGACCACAACACUGAGCGGCAACGUGAAGCCAAACGCUACCAGCAGCCCCAGGGAGGAGCCCAACGGCCUGGAGGACUCUGUCAAUGGAGCUCCUGCCAAGAGACCGCACUCACCUACGCAAGAGGACACAGCCAAGAGACACAAAGAUGCAGAGGUGGUGUCCAGUGAUGACUCUCUUUUUAAAGAGCCGUAUCCACCAUCCUCCUACUCUGAUGCACAGGCAGAAGGACCCAAUACUAGCCCCCUUUCUGGAUCAAAGGCAAAGCCCAUUCCAACCAUCGAUACCUCAAGAACACAGAGACUUCCCAGCAUGGAGCUGCCAGACGCCUCCUCACCGCUCCCAGCCAGCAACAGUUGUCGUGUUGUGAAAAAUUCUAUUAAACUGGCUCUCAACCGCCACAUUAUCACACCUCCAAAGCCCCCAGUGUUUGAAGGCACUCUCACCAUGGACGCUCCUCCUGCCAGUGAAGAAAAGGGCAUGUCCAUUCCUGUCAUUGGCUCAAACCACAUGGCAUCCAAAAACUUGGCGCCCCCCGUCGGCAGCUCCAUUCCUACAUUAGUGAGCCGAGGAGCAGAGCCGCUGAACGGAACGACCUCCAAGAGACCCCACUCCCCAUCUGUGGAGGAACAGGCCAAGAGGCUGAAGGAAACCGAGAAGGCCAGAAUCCACAUAGCUUGAACACACAGCUAGUAGAUUGAAUCCAUACACAAUGAGAGCACAACAAGGGAGUGUGUUCAGGUCGGUCAAUCCCAGUGUGACGCAGCAGGAUGGACACCUCGGCUCAAAUCUUCAGAUUACAGAUUUGCUAGUGAUUAGGUGAUUUGGUCACUGUUGGCAGUACUCUCUGUCUCACUUGCAACCAGAGGGCAUUUAACACAACUCCUUAGAGAUAUCGGACAUGAGAACUAAAGAUUUUUACUCAUCUGCUCCCUCAGUGUUUAAAAAUGUACACAGUACUGGCAGAAAUGAGCUGCUGUUCUGUUCUUUUUCCUCGUGUUUUAAUACAGCUCAUAAUGUUUAUCAAAAGUUGCUACACACACUUCUGGUGUAUGCUGACAACCCCCCUCCCCCCCAGACAGAAACCUGUACAGUAAAUGUGGAUGUACAUACUUUUUUGUCUUAAAAAAAAGCGAAAGAUCACUAAGUCUUUUGACCAUUCUAUUGUAGUUUUAUCUAAAAAGAAAAAAAAAGUUUAAAAAAUUGCUUUGUUUUUCCUCUACUGCCUGUCUAAAAAAUAGUCCCCAGCCCUGGAUCUUGUUUUGUAAACACUGUAUAGAUUUGAAUACAGUUGCAGGGAGCAUUUAUUGAGGGUUUGUUUGGAUGUAACUUGGAUCCAUGACUCUUUGGACCACCAUGACUAUGUGAAGAGGAACUCCAGGUUGGUAUUGAAAUUACAGUGUGUAGGUUAUCGUACACACCCUGUGACAUCAGAGCUCCUCAGGUGCUGGUAAGAGCAAGUAAAUCAUCCUUGCAGCAGGACACACCAUACAUUUUUCUGGAAGUGAUGAAACUGUUCUCAGUCACUGCUUAGUUCCUGGAAGAGUUAAUACAGAACCAUAGCAAAAUGCACUUAAUCCUUCUAUUCAGUGUAGUGUCAGUGUUACACCAAUUUAUUUUUUUUAUUUUUUAUUUUUUUGUCUUUAAUUGAAAGUAAAGGUUGUGCUUUUGGCUCCCCAGAUGUCAGAUGAGUGUGGUUGACCCAAAACCGCAAGGGCUGGACAGUUUACAGACACAAUGAAGUGUUUAAACAUCGGUUUGCGUACAUGGCUGUGAUGGGCAGAUUGACACCUAAAAUUAGCAUCUGGUCCAUCAGGAACGCUAAACAACAUUAAAAAAAAAAAUUCAGAAUAGUACUUGACCACCACCCCUUGUCUGUGGUCUGUCCCCUUGUGAACCUUGAUCCUGAUGGAGCUCAGUCCUAGUUGUUUUUUGUGUUCCAUGUCCACGAAAAGAGUUUAUGGUGCUUUGUGAAAAAUGGUUCAAAGCUUUUUGAUGAGUUGUACUGGUUUGUGUGUGUAUGCAUGCAUAUAUGGUUGACUGUGUGUGUGCAUGCAUAGAUGGUUAUGUUCAUGUGUUGGAGAGAGACAGAUUUCCCUGUAUUUUUGGGUGUUAACCCUCUGCGCCUCCUGUGGAGGUUCUUAAAAAGGCAUCUCCUGGGGUCGGGGGGGGGGUGUAGGGAAAAAACUUUUUUUUUUUUUUUUUUUUUUUUUUUUCCCCCCCCCUGCCUUGAGCCCCAACCCUCCAUCUUUAUGGGCUGAAGCUGGGUGUUUUUUGUUUGAUUUCACCACAGAGGUUGUACGUAUACAACUAGUGAUGCUAAAGAAGCACCCUCUUCAUCUGAGCAGGUAAGGAGUGGGGACACAGGCUCUUUUUCCAGCAUCACUUUGCCCAACUAAAUGUACAGAGAACAGUUUUUUCAAAAGGCAUAUUCAUUAUUGGGGGUUUUCUUAUCACUUUAUUUAUAUUUGCAUAUUUGUACCAUGUGAUCUUUUUUUAAAUAUCAUUCAUAGCAGGUAGGCCUUUUGAGAUCUCUUUCAGACAACUCAUGUUUUGCUGUUUGGAAACAUUUAACAAAACAGGUCAUUUAGAUGUUUGUUUCUAAAAUGUAUUGAAAGGGUAUUUUUGUAUGUGUUUAUCACUUCCUUUAAAUGAAUCCGUACACCAAUUAAAACCCCUAAAGACUA